AUGGCUCCUGAGACAGAAUACAAGACCCUGACUGCAGCCUGUCACUGUCGAUCUGUGCACUUCACAGUCACCCUUCCGCGUGACACUCUUCCACUGAGAAUUCACCUAUGCCACUGCAGUGUAUGCCGCUAUACGCAUGGUGCCCUGUGCAGCUUCCAUGCCCCGCUUCCCAAGGAUGUUCAUCCCGAAUUCAUCUCACCGUCAGGCCUUGACAGUUUAACACCCUAUACGUACGAGCAAUCCACAUCUACUCGAUUCUUCUGUAGCAAAUGUGGUUGUCAUGUUGGUGACCGUGACCACGCCAAUGGUCGCUGGGUGGUCUCCAGCGCCAUCUUCGACCAGAGCGGAGACGAAAGUGUCUGGCAGAUCAACUCACAUAUUUAUGCCAACGGUAGUACCAAUGCCGGGCUAUCCGAGCUUGUACCUCAGAUCAAGGAUCGUGAAAUUACCAUUUCAAAUUCGGAGAACCAGGAAGAUAAGGCCCCCGUACAGGACAAUCUGAAGGCAGAGGAAUGCGAGGACCAAUCUCUACGGGCUGAAUGUCACUGCGGAGGGGUCUCAUUCACCAUCUCCCGUCCUAGUCAGGAUUUCCUUCAGGAUCCUGCGAAUCGUAAAUGGGUUCUAGAAGGGAACGAUGCCAAAUGGCUAGGUGUGUUGGACGUAUGUGAUGACUGCCGCUUGGUCAGUGGGGCAAAUGUCGCGGCCUGGAUGUUCGUUCCGGUCAACCAUAUAUCGCCCUCGCCGCCAGCCAACUUACUUAUAGGGUCCUCAAGACGUUAUUCAUCGAGUGAGGGAGUGGUGAGGACCUUUUGUGAGACAUGUGGCGCUGUGGUCUUCUAUACUUGUAGCGAUCGCCCGGGAAUAGUGGACGUCGCAGUUGGUCUCUUACGGGACCCAAAGUCCGUAUUGGCAGAGAGCUGGAUCGUUUGGAGAACUGGAAGAAUCUCUUAUCUUCAAGAUGGCUUACGAUAUGAUCAAGGGUUUACGCAGUCUUUGGAUGAGGGUCUGCAGAGAUGGGGAAAGGAGAGGUAUGGAGAGCUGGAGUAUUUUCGUGUCGAGUAG